GACACGCUAAGCUUUCUCUAUCUUCUAUUUCUUCGUAAGCUCUAGAUGCUGCCCGUAACUGUGGAGGAGAGCAAGGCCCAGCGCCUUCAGAGACAGCAGGCACGAUUUAGGGAUCGUGGAGGUGCAUUUGUUCCCUCGGAAAAGAAUGUCCUCAAAGAUAUCCUGUUGGCCCGCACCGUUUCUGGAGAGUCCCCUUCAAAAGUGGCCAUGAAGUCACCCUAUCGCCACCGAAGCCGUAGCACAUCUCCAUCAAAGGCCAAACGCAAGAAGACGGCCAGUAAAGCCCAAGGGAGUCCUAUCAAUGACAAGGUUUCACGCUCAAAAGUCAACACGGAGGCGCCAGCGGGUCUGGUCAGUAGAAACGCUGCGGCAGGUCCCUCUACUGAGUCCGGGGGUAAAAUCUCGAAGGUGAAAACAAAGAAGAAAGCAGGUCCUACUACUCGCAAGGUUAAAGACAAGGUCAAAGCUACUGACGAAGCAGAAACAACCAAAGUCAAACCUGCCUCUAACCGCCGAGGACGGCCGCCGAAAACCAAAUCUCAAGCUAAUGAUUAUGAUCUCCACGCUGAUCCUGAAUCAUCAAACCGCAAGACGCGGAUGUCAAAGGAAAAGCCACCCGACAUACCUAAAGUCAAAACUAAGGCAGAGGCGCCUCGAUCAGACGACGAAGGCACCCUGGUAGAAGCUCCUCGACCAAAGACACACUCUAAAAGGAAGCCUGUCGUCGUCACAAUCGAACCCGACGAUGAGGAUACGCCCAUGCCUGACAACAAACCUGCAGCCGCUGAGCCUUGGGCGGUUCCGAAGUCUGCUCACAAACGGCCUUCUGCCAAAGAUGCUCCACUCAAUCGGGCACAAGCCAAACAACGCACGGAAAUUCGCAAGGAGCACUCGGAUGAAGGUAACAUCUUUAUACAUGUAUGAAACACUGCAAACAUCAUAUCAACACCUUCAUUUAACAGCAGAGCUGAUAUAUGCUUCUCGGGUACCGAAAUGUUCGAAGCGGACGGAGGUCGACGAGGAGUCUCCAGAUUUGGUGAAAACCAAAGUUUAUGGAUCUCUGACCGUUGAUAUCCCCAUGAAGAGGUCGACCAUUAACCCCAAGCGCAGUGCACCUGAUGACGAUGUUAGUGGAGAUGUGAAACAGCCUCUCAAGAAGCCGAAAGUGUCCAAAUCCCAAAGCGCUAAAUCUUUGCUUUUAUCUAACUCCGUUGCGGUAUCGAAAUCUGAUCCCGAAGACACUGC